UGCCCUUUUCCGUGACUUCAGGAAAUAGCACACUGACCCCCCCCCUCUCUCUCUCUCUCUUCCCCACCCUUCAGGGAAUAGUUACUGACCGAAACCUUUAUCAAAGUUGAGGAAUCCUUUUGUAUUCCAACAUCUAUCGUAUAUUGUGGCUUUCAAUAGUUUAAAAAAACAACCAAACAACACAAAGUAUCGAAGCUUCAUUUCCCCUUUUUAACAAGUCGAGGGGAGUAAACGUCGGUUGGGAAAGAGGAAAACUUGGAAUCAGGGGACGAAUUCCCGAUUCAAUCCACCAUUUUGAGGUGUUUUUGUGUGUUUGUUGUUGUUUUUGAACUGAACAAGUUUUCCAAGUGUAUUGUUGCCUUUCGAUACGAGGUAAACAUGACAACCAUAAACACGGCUAACAUCAACUUCAAAUGGGAUCCGAAGAGCCUGGAGAUCCGUACCCUGGCUGUGGAGAGGCUGCUGGAGCCCUUGGUCACACAGGUCACGACCCUGGUGAACUCCAGCAACAAGGGGCCGUCCAAUAAGAAGAAGGGUCGCUCUAAGAAGGCCCAUGUAUUGGCUGCCUCGGUGGAGACGGCCACCUUGAACUUCCUGGAUAAAGGAGAGAAGAUCGCCAAGGAGAGCCAGUUCCUCAAGGACGAGCUCACUGCUGCCGUGGAGGAUGUACGCAAGCAAGGUGAAUCCAUGAAGCAGGCAUCAGGAGAGUUUGCAGAGGACCCCUGUUCCUCGGUAAAGAGGGGUAACAUGGUCCGUGCAGCCAGGGCACUCCUCUCUGCCGUCACACACCUGCUGGUUCUGGCCGACAUGUCUGAUGUCUAUAAGCUGCUGCUGCAACUCAAACUGGUGGAGGAGAACCUGAUGAAGGUGCGUAACGCUGGAACAGAGCAGGACCUGGGCAUACAGUACAAGGCCCUGAAACCAGAGGUGGACAAACUCAACAUGAUGGCUGCCAAGAGACAGCAGGAGCUGAAGGAUGUUCACCAUAAGGAUCAGAUGGCGGCUGCCCGCGGUGUUCUCCAGAGGAACAUCCCCAUGCUCUACACCGCCUCCCGCGCCUGCCUUCAACACCCGGACGUGGCAGCAUACAAGGCGAACCGUGACCUGAUCUACAAGCAGCUUCAGCAUGCAGUCUCAGGCAUCUCUAAUGCUGCCCAGGCUACCGCCUCGGAUGAUGCUGCCUUCAACCACCCUGCCGGCGGAGGAGAGCUGGCCUAUGCUCUCAACAACUUUGAUAAGCAGAUCAUCGUGGACCCCCUGGCGUUUAGCGAGGAGCGUUUCCGCCCGUCUCUGGAGGAGCGCUUGGAGAGCAUCAUCAGUGGCGCCGCCCUCAUGGCCGACUCGUCCUGUACCCGUGAUGACCGGCGCGAGCGCAUCGUGGCCGAGUGCAACUCUGUCCGGCAGGCUCUGCAGGACCUGCUGUCUGAGUACAUGGGCAAUGCUGGCAAGAAGGACAGGAGUGAUGCUCUGAACACUGCCAUCGACAGGAUGACCAAGAAGACUAGGGACCUUCGCAGACAGCUGCGUAAGGCGGUCAUGGAUCACGUCUCUGACUCGUUCCUGGAGACCAACGUUCCUCUGCUGGUUUUGAUCGAAGCGGCGAAGAACGGGAACGAGAAGGAGGUGAAGGAAUACGCCCAGGUGUUCCGCGAGCACGCCAACAAGCUCAUCGAGGUGGCCAACCUGGCCUGCUCCAUCUCUAAUAAUGAGGAGGGAGUCAAGCUGGUCCGUAUGGCCGCUUCCCAGCUGGAGACACUCUGCCCCCAGGUGAUUAAUGCGGCUCUGGCUCUAGCUGCCAAGCCCAACAGUAAGGUUGCUCAGGACAACAUGGACCUCUUCAAAGAGUCCUGGGAGAAACAGGUCCGCGUUCUCACUGACGCCGUCGAUGACAUCACCAGCAUUGACGACUUCCUCUGUGUGUCUGAGAACCACAUUCUGGAGGACGUGAACAAGUGUGUGAUAGCGCUGCAGGAGAAGGAUGUGGACGGGUUGGACCGCACGGCCGGCGCCAUCCGUGGCCGCGCCGCCAGAGUGGUCCAUGUGGUCACGUGUGAGAUGGACAACUAUGAACCUGGAGUCUAUACAGAGAAGGUUCUGGAGGCCACCAAGCUACUCACUAACACGGUCAUGCCCAGGUUCACAGAGCAGGUGGAGGCAGCGGUCGAGGCUCUGAGUGCCAACCCCACACUCCCCGUGGACGAGAACGAGUUCAUCGAUGCCUCCCGUCUGGUCUACGAUGGAGUCCGCGACAUCCGCAAGGCUGUGCUGAUGAUCAGGACUCCUGAAGAGCUGGAUGACUCUGACUUUGAGACGGAGGACUUUGAUGUUCGCAGCAGGACCAGCGUUCAGACAGAAGAUGACCAGCUUAUCGCAGGCCAGAGCGCCAGGGCUAUCAUGGCCCAGCUGCCCCAGGAGCAGAAGGCUAAGAUCGCUGAGCAGGUGGCCAGUUUCCAGGAAGAGAAGAGCAAGCUGGACGCUGAGGUGUCCAAGUGGGACGACUCCGGCAACGACAUCAUCGUCCUGGCCAAACAGAUGUGUAUGAUCAUGAUGGAGAUGACGGACUUCACCAGGGGUAAAGGUCCGUUGAAGAAUACCUCUGAUGUCAUCAGUGCUGCUAAGAAGAUUGCUGAGGCUGGAUCCAGGAUGGAUAAACUGGGCCGCACCAUCGCAGACCAGUGUCCAGACUCAGCCUGUAAGCAGGACCUGUUGGCCUACCUGCAGCGUAUUGCUCUGUACUGCCACCAGCUCAACAUCUGUAGUAAGGUGAAAGCAGAGGUCCAGAACCUGGGAGGAGAGCUCGUGGUCUCUGGGGAGGUUUCCCAAGCAUUCCUAGAGAGCCAGGUGGACAGUGCCAUGUCUCUGAUCCAGGCAGCUAAAAACCUGAUGAAUACGGUGGUGUCCACGGUCAAGGCGAGCUACGUGGCCUCCACUAAGUACCAGAAGUCCAUGGCCAUGCAGUCCCUCAACAUGCCUGCUAUCUCCUGGAAGAUGAAAGCCCCAGAGAAGAAACCUCUGGUCAAGAGAGAGAAACAGGAAGAUGGAUCCAACAACAAGGUCAAGAGGUCAUCCCACAAGAAACACAUCAACCCUGUCCAGGCCCUCAGCGAGUUCAAAGCCAUGGAUAGCAUCUAGAGAUGGAGCAGGCAGUCAGUCAGUGUGGUGAGAGGUGGAGGACCUAGAAGGUUGAGAUGUUGAUGGAGCUGGCUAGAUCAACUGUAGACGGUUGGAGCUUCUUUUUUUAAUCUAGUCAAAAAAAGAAAGGGUGCAUUUUUUUCCGGGGGAGGGGCGGGUUGAAUGCAUUUCUUAUUUCCUUCCCUGGCCUAGUCAGCUGUCUAGUUUGAUGUGCUGUUGCUAUGCAGGCUCGCUAAGGUUGAACACUAUACACACACACACACACACACAGAGGCCCUUAAGCUCACUCUUUCUCUACCAGUCUCUUUUUUUUCAUUCAAACAACUGCAUUCUGAUAAGUCUCUAGCCUACUGUAUAACUUCUCUACUGGGAAAUAAGGUGAUUUGGGUGGGUGGGGGGACAGCAACUAGACCAAGUAAAGGGCGUUUCUAUUUCAUUUGAUUUUAUUCCAGUGUUGGUAUAAGAUGGCGCGGUGGAUUUCAUUGAUAUUGUAAAAUCUAAUUCUGUUCAAACGAAUAAUUUUGACCCCUGACCCUCUUUAUUUGAACCCCCUGACCCCAACCUGUGACGCGAGAGAUCCCCCGUGUAUUUUUAUACAAUGUCUUUCUACCAUGUUUUAUGAUUGCGUGGAUGGUGGGGAGGGUGUAGGAAUGGUAUUUCCGCUAUGUUGUCGUAUAUGAUAUGAUAUGGUAUUGUGUAGGUGCAGAUCAGAUGAGGCCUUUCCACCCCAAUGCAAACACAUCUCUCUCUAUCACUUUAUUACUCUUGAUUCAAGCAAUAACUGGAGAGCAUUUGGAUGUAUAUCUUUCUUUUCUUCAUGGAGGUUUUUUUUUGAUAAAUGUUUUAGUUUUAAGCUUUUUGAUUUAAAAAAAUAAUAAAAUAAAAGAUUUGUUUUCAUUCUCAAUGUAUUCUCUGCUUAUCUAAUAAAAGUCUGAUAUUA